AUGUCAUUGUGUUUUGUACUUAUAAUUUUAAAAUAUGAUGUACUAGCAUAUAAUUUAGAUGUUGAUAAUGCUAAAGUAUUUAAUGUUCCUAAAGUUUUAAAUUCUCAACGAGGAAGUUAUUUUGGAUUUUCUGUUGCACUUUACACAGAUGAAGUAGAUUCCAUAUUACUUGUAGGUGCUCCCAGAGCAAAUACAAGUUUAAUACAAAAUGUAAUUGAACCAGGUACUGUAUAUCAAUGUCGAAUUAAUAAAAGAUGUAAGGAAUGGAUCAUUGAUAAAAGUGGAAAUGGCAACAAGCAUGAACAGUGUUCAACCAUUAAUCAAAUUAAAGAUAAUGCAUGGAUUGGUGCAACAAUUGCUAUAGAAAAUAAAACCAAUCCCAGAAUUGUGGUUUGUGGUCCACGAUGGAAAAAUAAUAUAUGUGAAAAUAAAUCUAGCUGGUUUAUGAAUGGCAUUUGUUAUUUAUCAUUAAUUAAUGAUAUUAAAUCGUUUGAAAAAGAAGCUGAAAGUAAAAUUUUGUCAUUUUCAAACCUUGAUCAAACUACUAUUAUGAAUGGAAUGCGUAUUUAUAAUUUUGGAAUGAGUCAAGUUGGUUUUUCUAUGCAUAUGACAUCUAAUGAAUUAAAGUGGGAUUUAAUACUAGGUAGCCCAGGUGUAUAUAAUUGGAAAGGCACACCCCUAUUAGCUACACAAUCAAUUGAUAGUGAAAUGCAAACUAUAAUUCCAUCAAUUAAGGAUGAAAAAGCAGUUCAAACAAAUAAUUAUUUUGGAUAUGCAGUAACGUCUGGUUAUUUUACGAAUGACCAGUUAUGGUUCGUUUCUAGUGCUCCAAGAGCUUUUAAUAUAUAUGGAAGUGUUAUUAUGUUUACUUUUUCUAAUAAUGAUAAUACAAAAUUGAAAGUGAAAAAGUCUUUGAAUGGUGAACAACAUGGUGAAUAUUUUGGUGCUGUCUUAACAUCAUGUAAUCUUAAUGGUGAUAAUAAAGAUGAAUUAAUUGUUGGAGCACCACAAUGGUCAAAAAAUAUGGAUGAAGGUCGUAUAUAUGUCUUUACUGCUUUCUAUGAUGUACGUACAGAAAUUUUUACAAAACAAUCAUUUGAUGGGAAAGUACCUGGAAGUAGAUUUGGUUCUGCCAUAACUUGUCUUGGUGAUAUUGAUUACGAUGGUUAUGGUGAUAUUGCUGUUGGUGCACCAUAUGAAGAAGAAAGUGGUGCAAUAUAUAUAUUCAAUGGCAAUAGUAAUGGCUUACCUAAACAUUAUAGUCAAAGAAUAAUUGGAAAACAAUUUGGAAGCAACACCCGUGGAUUUGGAAUUUCAAUUUCAGAACCUCGUGACAUAAAUGGUGACAAAUAUUCUGAUAUUGCAGUUGGAGCUUAUUUAUCUGAACAAACAAUUUUAAUAAAAUCAAAACCAGUUAUAACAAUAACUGCAAAAUUGACUUAUAAUGAAAAUAAAAAAUUAUUAAGAAAUUCUACUUCAUUUUCAAUUGAUAUGUGUACAUAUUAUAAUGGAAUAAAUGCACCUAAAUAUCUGCGAGUUCUGCAAACUUUAAAAAUCGAUGAAAUGUAUAGAAGAGCUUAUUAUGGUACAGAAAAAAAUAAUAACAUUUAUAAAUUUUCUGAUACUUUGCAUACAUCUAAAAAGUUAUGCAAUCAACUUAAAAUAUAUCUGAAGGAAAAUAUUCAAAACAUAAUAAAUCCAAUUGAAAUAUUUAUAUCAAUUAAUUUGGAAAAAGGUAUAAAGUUAAACGACAGUGAAAUAAAAUCAAAUUUUUCACAACCUGAGAUAGCAAUAAACAAAUUAUUUUCUAAAACGGAAGAUUUGAUAAAAUUACCAUUUGCUGUAGAUUGUGGUGAAGAUAAUAUUUGUACAUCAGAUGUAAAGAUAUUGCUUUCAACAGAUUUAAAAUCUAAUAACAGAUACAUUAUUGGAUCAACAUUAACUAGUAAACUUAAAAUAGAUGUUUUUAAUUAUGGUGAGCCUGCAUAUCAAGCUAAAAUAUUCAUAUAUAUACCAAAAAUAUUAUCAUUAGCAAGUAUACCACCUUCAUGUAUGGAAAGUUUUUAUAAAAAUAAUACUUUGGAGGUAAUAUGUGAUCUUGGAAAUCCACUUAGGAAAUAUAAAACAUUAACAUUAGAUUUAGAUAUGACUAAAGUUCAGUUUGAUCUAAAACAUGUAAAACUAUGGAUCAACUUUAAUACACAAAGUAAAGAAAAAAAUUCAUUUAAUAAUACACAUACUUUAACUAUGUACUUUGAUGCUGAUGCUGACAUAGCAAUAGCAGGAAAAGCACAAGAUGAUCUAUAUUCAUAUUUUCUUGAAGAUGGGGACAACAAAUUAAGCAGUGUUCAAUUUCAACAUAUUUAUGAAAUUCAGAAAUUUGGAGCUAGUCCAAUCAAUGAAGUUAUAUUAAUAGUUAAUAUUCCAACACAUUGGAAAUAUUCUACAGGAAAUAUACAAAUUAUUAAUAUAAAUCAAACAAUUGGUUAUAUGGAUGGUCAACCCUUUCAUUGUACACAUCUAACUACUUUAGUUAGUGAAUCUAAAAUUGAUAUUACAACUACUGAAUUAUAUACGCAAGAAAAGUUUACAAUGGAUACCAAUUUUUCUAGAAAUUUUCCAGCUGAAAAUAGAUCAGUUUAUAUUAAUUGCACAAAUACUAAUGUAGAAUGUACACGUAUUAAAUGUAAACUUGGUCCCUUUUUACAUUCUUCAUCCGUUGCAAAACUUUCACUUAUAUUAGACUUUUAUUUAUCUAAUUUUAAAUCAAAAACAAUGAAAGAAAAAGAUAUUAUAUUCUUCCUAACUAAUGGAGAUAUCAAUAUUUUAGAGUCAUAUUAUAGUACCAAUAAAAAACAACAUAAACCUCAUAAUGCUAUGAUUGCUACAAUGUUCUUAGGUUCACCAGUAACUGAACAAAUUGCCACAUGGAUUAUAAUUGUAUCAAUUAUUGUAGGAAUUUUAUUGCUAAUAUUGAUAAUUUUAGCAUUAAUUAAAAUUGGAUUCUUUAACAGAAAGAAGAAAAAAGAACUUGAAGCAUUAAAAUCUGAAAUAAAUAGAAAACAUGGGAUUACAUUGGAAACAUGUUCAUCGCCAGAAGUUUCUGAUCAAGAAUAA